UUUUGACAGGUUUGGCAUUGUUUUUCCUUCAGCUUUACGUUCAGUAUCUUUAAUCUUUGAUUUGACCAUUUGACAUAAAAAUAAGUAAGACUUACCCUAUUUUCAAGUUUCCUCAUCGAGAAUGUCUUCACCACGCCCAAAAUCUCCUCGUACUCCCGUUUUGCCAAAAAAGGAAGACAAGGAGGAAUCUUUUUGGGAUAAAAUCGGUACUAUUGGCCGAAAGAAGCGCAUAAAGGAAGUGCAAGAUGUUCAAGCUGAAGGAAAGUAUGCAAUUGAUUCACCAGGAAGCCCGACUGCACCAGAAAUUCCUCCCGAAGAAUACAGCCUUCUUGAUAAUGAAGAGAGAGCUAUUAUCGAACCUAGAUCUUUAGAAGAUCCUAGGGUGAAAGAGUUGAUACAAGUAUUAAUAGAUUGGAUCAAUGAUGAGCUUGCUAUGCAAAGAAUAAUUGUCAAGGAUAUAAGUGAGGAUCUUUAUGAUGGACAAGUUUUACAAAAGCUAUUAGAAAAGUUGACGGAAACAAAAUUGGAUGUGCCCGAGGUGACACAAUCAGAAGAAGGUCAACGUCAGAAAUUGGCUAUCGUCUUGAGAGCUGUGAACAGGGUGCUUUUUGGAACAUCAAAACCAGCACAAAAAUGGAGUGUUGACUCUGUUCACUCAAAGAAUGUGGUGUCAAUUUUACAUCUGUUAGUCGCUUUGGCACGUCAUUUCCGUGCGCCGGUGCGUCUUCCAGAAAAUGUCAGCGUCAAUGUGGUGGUCGUGAAGAAAGAUGCACCUAAUCAACUAUCACACAGGACAUACAUAGAAGACAUAACGACAACUUACGAUGAUUUGGGCAUGAAGUGUGAGAGAGAUGCUUUUGAUGCCCUGUUUGAUCAUGCACCAGAUAAACUGCAAGUUGUUAAGAAGUCUUUGAUAACAUUUGUAAACAAACAUCUGAGCAAAGUGAACCUGGAAGUGGUUGACUUGGACACACAAUUCCAUGAUGGAGUAUUCCUGUGCCUGCUGAUGGGCUUACUUGAAGGUUUCUUUGUGCCAUUGUACGACUUCCACUUGACCCCUCAGGACUUUGAUCAGAAAGUACAUAAUGUUUCAUUUGCUUUUGAGCUGAUGCAGGAUGUGGGUUUGGCAAAGCCGAAAGCCCGACCUGAAGAUAUCGUGAAUCUCGACCUCAAAUCAACUCUGCGAGUUCUUUACAACCUAUUCACUAAAUACAAAAACAUGGCUUAACAAUCGCCAGAUAUUUUAUGAUCACAUUAUGUAACUAACAAUGUCGUAAUUUUAUUAAACAAUUAAUUUAAUUUUAUCAUUAAUAAAACUAUUUUUACAAGUACUAAUUUUACUAUAAGCUUAAGUUAAUAAUAGAGCACAAUAUUGUGAAAUAUUUGAUUACCAUGAGUUUCAAAGUCCAAAAUCUCCGUUUAAAACAGAUUAUCUCUUUGUUGUUAAAAAUAAUGUCAGGGAUGACGAUGUUUUAUACAGUGUUUUUAUGUCAUGAACCCACGGCUAGACGUAGAUUUUUUAUUAAUCUGGAAAAUUUACUGUAGUUUUAUAUAUAUAUUUGACUUGUAUUUUUUUUUUAUAUUUUUUAAAUUUGUAUAUGUUAAUUAUUACUAACAUUAUCUGAGUUUUUUCAAUGCAAAUGUAAAGUAUGACAAAAUAUGUUUAAAUGUUUAUGAUGGAUAUCCAUGCUAAAUAUUUCUAAUACAUCACAUCUAAUAAUC